AUGUUCGCGACAAGACUCCGUCGACUGUCCGUAUCGAUAAGUCCAAUCGUUCGACAACAAACAAACAUUGCCACAAGUUUGAAACGCGACAAUCAAGAUGGAAAAACGACGAAUGGAAACGGAACAAAUCGAUGCACACCACCCACUGAAAAGAAAAUUCGCGACAAACACCUGGACAACAUCACUGUUACGUCGUUCUAUUCGCAAACGGAUAUUGAAAAACUUGCCACAAAACAAUCAACUCGUCUUACACCAUUGACAAUGAUGUAUAUUGGAAAAACAGAAGAUGGAAGUCAUCUUUUGCGUUCGGCUCAAUAUCUUCAUAAAGAUCUACCAAUUCGUUUUGCACAUCGAAUAGAUGAUUUUCGCAACUUACCGUUUGUGGUUGCAUGUAAUCCUCUACUAUUAGAAUUGCAUGAACGUUUCAUUAAAAUCUUUCACUCGCUGCAUUCGUUUCCGCAGAUUAAAACACUGGAACAAGAGAAGGUCUAUACGGAGUUAUUGCAAAACACUCUUACAUGUAGUUCAGAUACACUACCAUUAUUAGCUGAAGGUUUUCGUGAAUCGAAAAGACAUAUCAAACAAGAAACACUUGUGCGUAACUUUCUUGAUCGAGCACUCACUUCUCGAUUGGCUAUUAAAAUGUUAAUCGAACAUCACAUUGAACUACGUAAUGAUAAACCGAAUUACAUUGGUGCUAUUUGUAUGAGUUUCUCCCCGAAGAAACUCAUUCAGUCAUCCGCUGAAUAUGUUAAGAAAGUGUGCCGCGCGGAAUAUGGUGUUGCGCCUGAUGUUAAAAUUGACGGUCUUGUGAAUAGUUCAUUUCCAUAUAUUACUACACCACUUAACUAUAUUGUUCCGGAAAUGCUCAAAAAUGCAUUUAGGUGA